CGUUUAAUUGUUAACAUUUUGUGACAGUUUGGACAAGUUGUUUGAAUAACACAUGUGAAUGAAAAUUUCAAACAUUUUACAGAAAUGAAAUGUCUGUUUCUAUUUUAAGUUUGUUUUGGAGAUUGUGCAUGGAUUCAUGGAUUUAAGUCAUUAACAAGAUUUGGACCUUGAUUUUUUUUAGAAAAUGGUCAGCAAACAAUUUGACUUCAGAUUCUUUAAGAUUACACUGAAGUUUGAAAAUAACUUAAUAUGGUGAAAUAUAUUUGAGCAACAAACAAAGUGAUACACAUGGUUGUGAUGUUGUUAACGUUUUAUGUUGAAAAUAUUUUAUUUAGAUUUAGAGACACACACUUCAAAUAAUUGCAAGCCAUGCUGGCCUGAAGACAUGUUAAAUGAAUAAAUUAUUACAUGUAUGCUAUUCUAGUCAUGGCCUAAAUUGAAAUUAAUUAAUUGUUUAUAUAAUACAAGACUCUUAAACGGCAAAGUUAUUGCAAAAAUGCCUUCAGAACAUUCUAAGUAGGGGAAAGUAAUGUUACGUGUCUUAAAAUAAAACUUAAUUUAAAAAUAGGACAGAGUAAAGUUGGGAGGACAGAUUGGAAGAUAACACAGUUUGAGAUGCCAAUACAUAAGUGUGAAUAUGAAGAUUGUGUAGAUAUAAAAUUGGUCAAAUAUAAUUGAACAAACAUUACACUGCCUUUUUAUCUUCUCUCUGGAUGUUUCACAAUGUUUCGAAAGAGUCUAAAGCGCCAGCACUCAUUCUGUGAGAAUGCAACCCGCAAGAAACAGGAUCGGUUGAUACGACGACUGUCUGGGACCCUCUACAACACCAGGUUAGAGGGUAACAGAAUGAAUAUUCCCCAUCGUAUCUUGUCGGCGGAUGGCACAACCAAGUCUCUCACUGAGUCUGACUAUAGCGGGGAGUAUGGGGCAUCAAUAUCUUCUGUUGAUGGUCUGACCAUGAGUCGAGACAGCCAAGAGUCCCUGGACAAACAUGGCAGCUUGCCACGCAUGAAGAGUUUCGAUGCAGCCGUGUUUGAAAUCCUCAGAGUCCCGCCGGAGGAGUUUGCUAGCCAGAUUACUCUGAUGGACCUGCCCGUGUUUCAAGCAAUUCAGCCAGACGAGCUAACGUCCUGCGCGUGGACCAACAAACACAAGCUGAUCAAGGCCCCAAAUGUUGUGGCAUUCACUCGUCGCUUCAAUCAUGUAAAUUUUUGGGUCCAACGAGAAAUUUUAAACACACAGACGGACAAAACUCGUGCAGAAGUGCUAGCUCACUUUAUCAAGAUUGGGCGAAAACUUCUGGAGCUCAACAACCUUCAUGCUGUGAUGGCCGUGGUGUCUGCCUUACAGAGUGCAGCCAUAUUCAGGCUCUCCAAGACCUGGACUAUUUUGUCCAAGAAAGAUAAAUCUUCAUAUGAGAAAAUGGCGGACAUUUUCUCCGAAAAUAACAAUCGCCAGAAACUCCGAGAUUACAUGGAUAAUGUGAAACUCCCCUGCAUUCCUUAUUUGGGCCUAUACCUUACGGAUCUGAUAUACAUUGAUGUUGCUCACCCCCAUCACGGUGGCAUGGAGAGCCACAAUAGAAAACUGCAGAUGAACAACAUUCUAAGAGUGCUUUCAGAGUUGCAGCAGUCCACAUAUGAUCUAGAGUACAAAGAGCAUGUUCAGAAUUACCUGAAGUCUGUGAGAUAUAUAGAGGAGCUACAGAAGUUUGUGGAGGACGAUAAUUACAAGUUGUCAUUAAAAGUAGAGCCGCCUAUUUCGAGUCACUCAUUGUCAUCAUCUCGUGAGGACAUCAGCAAGUGCCCCCCGUCCCCUACGGCUGAACCCCGCUAUACCCUCGGGGCUCUGACCCCAGGGCCAGGCAGCUCCGUGAAAUACCAGCAGGGCGGUCAUCGAAAGUCCAAAAGUCUUAGUGCCAAUGGUGAACCAGCCUCCCCACGUAAAGUAUGGCGCUGCUAUUGCCGCCAGUUGAUGUAUGAAAUGGACAUACACUGUCCUACAUGUUUUUCUUGCCCCAGUUUCCUCAGCUGUACGAGCGCGAAUGUGGAGCGAGCCAACAGUCUCCCGACCACAAGGUCCACCGCCCCGUACCUGAACGGUGUGCGUCACCUGCUGGAUGAUAGCGUACUUGAGGAAUCGUCGUGUGCAUCUAGCGAUGGGUCCAUCUCUAAACCAGGAGAAAGUGAAGAUCCAUCCGAAACCAGUUCUAUUGAGCCAGAAAACUUCUGGAUAAAUGACCAAUUACAGCUUGAGUGUAUUUUCCUGUACAGCUCUCAGCGUGUCACGGAGUAUUCAGAGAAAGACUUCCAGCAGAGCUUCACGUGUCAGGGUUGUGUGAAACGGAAAACGGUGCUAAAGGAGGGUCGUAAGCCUGCAGUGACUCCAUGGUCAAGGUACUGGGUAGCCCUGUGGGGCACCAACAUUCUCUACUAUCCUGCCAAAGAUCUGAGGGGCUCACAGCGCCAUAAUUUUAAGACCAACCCGUCAAAAAUGACGUCAGUUGUUGGUUGGGUGGUAGUGCUGGGCGACAACCCUCAUCAGCCUGAUGCAUUCCAACUGACUGACGCAGCAAAAGGAAACGUGUACAAGUUCCGGGCAGGCACACAAGCUAUGGCCCUUACAUGGUGCAGACACCUUAGUGAAGCUUCCAAAAAGUUCCAGUUAAAAGCACCCUCAAAUCUGAUGUCAUUUGACUGAAAAACUGUAAAGUCGAGAUUUCCAGCACUGCUUCACUGUGAUAUGGACUUACAAUUCUCAAUACUGAUAGGUCAGAAGAGAUCGUGUGAUCAUAGCUCUCAACACUGAUUGGUCUGAAAAGAUCAUUUGAUCAUAAUUCUCAACAGUGAUUGGUCAGAAGAGAUGAUGUGAUUAUAACUCUCUCAACACUAAUUGGUCAGAAAUGAUCAUGUGGUCAUAGCUCUCAAUUCUGAUAAGUCGGAAGAGUUUAUUGGACUAUCAACUCUCAACACUGAUUGGUCAGAAGAGAUCCUGUGAUAAGCUAGGUGAAUGAACAGUAUCAAAGUCCCAACAUUUAUUGGGUACUGACAUGGUCCUAUAAUCAUUUUGAGAUUUUAAGGCAUGUUUUGAGAUUAUGGAACUUAACAAUUCCACCCCCUCCUACCAAACUUGAAGCAAUUUUCUUGUAGGGUUUCUGUUGUAACACAUGUGCAUUUGUGGAAAUGAAAGUAAUUGAUGGCAGGUUAUGUUUUUUGUAAACAAAAGGCCAGUAUUUGAAGAGAAUCAAUAUGGGGUAGCAAUAUUUGUGUAUCCUUGGUUUUAAUUUGAACUGUUCAGUUUCAGAUUGAAGCUGAACAUACCUGUGUGUUAAAGGCUUUGAACAUCUGAACAAUGAUACAUGUUUCAAACCCUGUUGCUGAUUUGUUGUUUGAAGUCAUACAAAAUGAAGUACAAUGAUUAUCAGCCAUAAAAUAUGUAAAAAAACAACACUUUCGGUGCUUAAUUGUUUGUAAGCCAACAUUAAACCUUAUUUUAUGAGAUGUGCAAUAUAAUGCUUAGGUUAAAUUUUGCUAUAUAUGUGCUUCAAUGUUUGUGUGACUGAAAUAUUUGUGACAAUAAUGUUGAUAAUAUUGUUAGGCAUGGAUGUCAAAUUAAGCUGCUCCUAGGUGCUUGAACUGAGAAAAUUUCAAGCUUUUAAUAUUGGCAUAUUUUGUGUGUUAUUUUUCUAAGAUGGAUCCUUUCUUUCAGUUAAAUUCUUUGACCUCCUUUCAUGAAAAAAUUGUGUUGUGUAUCAUCUGUCAGUGUGAUAGGGAAGGUUGCAUUUAGCCAUUCCAAGUAUUUCUUGAUUGUUAAUUUUUUUUUUCGGCUGUUGAAAAAUCAAGUGACUAUAUGAAAAGAUAGAAACAAUUGUGCAACUGAAAAAAUACACUUGAAAACGUUGUCAGUUUUAAUAACAUGGACUUUAAAGAGAUUUAACAGAAAGCAUUAUUUGUAAAAUACGGAAAUAUUGAUUUACAUUGUUAUUUAAUGAAUUCGGAGUACCAUGCAUAAUACUUAUUAUUAACUUGAAAAACUUUGUGUUUUUUAAGAAUAUUUUAUACUUUGAUAUGUUAGUGACAAUCAUGUUUUAUGCAUUUUAUUCUGAAUGGUUUUGUUAUUGAUAACAGGUCUUGGUUAUGCAAUUAUUAUGCUGUUAAUUUAAUUUAAAUAGUCAUGCCAAAAUAUGGAUUAGUGUUUAUUUCAUGUAAAUUAUUCACCACUGAUAAGUUAAUUUCAGCUGAUGUAGUGUUUUCUAUAACAACUGUUUAAGUUAGAUACUUGGAAACUGUUGACACCAGGCACUAUUACCAUUAUAUGUUUAAAUGUUGUGCAAAUUUGUAUAUUAUUACAAAGCUGAAUAAUUCAUGAAAACCAAAAAGUGUUUACUUUUGGCCUAAAAUUAAAUGAUGGGUAUUUUUCUUCAGAAACAUGUCUUUUCUUUGUUUAGAACAUACCCCAAAUAAAUUAUUCUUGUAUCCAUAACUUCCAGUAAGAGAACAGAAGGUAAUGUUGUUCUUUCCACUCAAUAAGCUUAUUGUCACACCAUGGACAGGUAUACAUAUAUAUGACAAGUAAAGAUGCACAUAGACACUCCAGUGUCAAAUCCUGCUGCUAGUGACAGGUCAUUGAAGCGGGGUAUAAUUCCCAAUUGCUCAUAAGUUUAUCAUGCUGUUAUCUUUCAAUUUGAAAACUUCAUAGAGUUUUAUGGCACUUCACUCCUCAAGACUUCUAAAUGCCAUACCAGAACAAGUGAUUUUUACAAAAAUGUUUUUACACGUAAACAAUUUUAAUAAACAAAUUGAAUUGCGUUAAUAUUGGUCGGUUAAAAAAAUAGUUUGUGAUCCACUGUCAUAGCAUUGGGAAACAUGACCCCAUAAGGUUUGUAUUGCCAUUAUGCCUGUACUCAUUAAAUCACUAGUUAAACAGGGUAUUCAUUUUGAAGAAUGAAAAUUGUAUUUAUUUCUUGUAUCUUCUUUGUACUAUUUAGCUUCGUUACGUGUUAACUCAUAUCUCUGCAAUAUUUCUUGUAUGCUUUGGGCAAUAAUUGCUACAUUUGUCUUUUUUUUGUAGUCAAAAUAGUCGUUAUAAAAGGUAUUGACACAACAAUGUGUGAUUCCAUUAUUACUUUAGAAAUUAUGGUCAUUUCCUUCUAGAAUCAUCCAACAUUCUUUCUUCUGUAUAGUUUGGAAACUUUGCUCAUUGCAUGUCAUGUUUUUUUGCAAAUGUCUUUAAUUUGUGUGUCUAAAAAGGCAUUCCAAUUUUGAAAUUAUAAUAGUGAAAUAUAGGGUUUUUUUGUUUUCGAAAAAUUGUUAUAUUAAUUUGUCAUAUUUUUCUUGGGAUUUGGAUUUGUUAGUGUGUAUAAGUAAAAAUGUCCAUAUAGUGUCAACAUUUUUUAACAUUUAAAUUUUUAUUGUGCCUUUGUACGCUUAUCUAAAGUUUCCGUUUAAAACUUUAAGCCGACAAAACACUGUUUAUUUGUGCAAAUUAAUAAAUGCUGUUAUUAUCUAUUAUUUCACAACAGGUAAUAUUGCAUCAAUUACUAGGGUUCGGGUUGGUUGAUGUUCUACAAUGUGUAGAAGGCAGAAUCAUGUAAAAGUAUUAUCUGUAUGUUGUUUGCCCAACCUGUAAUUUUAAUUGACUUAAAUAGUUAAGUAACCAAAUAUUUUACAAGCAUAAUGCAUAUAUUAAAAUUGUAUAAAAGUAUAGAAUACAUGUUAACGUCUUUUGUAACAAUUCUUGAAGGAAUAUAGAACUUGUUGUUAUAUAUUUUACGAUGUCAACUAUGUAACAUUUUUAUUUUCUAUGGGUGGCAUAACUUUCUUGUUCAUGUUUUUUCCUCCGUACGUUCAUAGCCAUAAGCCGAGUUUUUGCAAUUCAUAAAAAAUAAAAUAAUAUUACCAAA